ACCGGUCUUAUCUUCGAUCUGAAGACCUAAAUCCAUAUCUCAACAUGCUACAUGUACAGUUUGUACAACGUGGUGGAAAGGGAAGGAUGUUGCUGUUAUUUUCAGUUCUGUGCAUUUGUGUACAAACCACCUUCUGUGGACCGUGUAAUGUAACUAUUAUAUCACGUGAUGAAUGGGGAGCGAGGGCGCCGCGUGAUCAUGACCACAUGAACACUCCAGUGACCGUUGCCUUGAUUCACCACACCGACAGACAACACUGCACCACGAAAGCAGCAUGUAUAGCGGAACUCAAGGCGAUGCAGACCUUCCACAUGGACAACCAAAGUCAUUCUGACAUCAUGUACAAUUUUCUGGUCGGGGAAGAUGGAAACGUUUAUGAGGGACGGGGAUGGAAUACUGUAGGGGGACACGUGCCAUACUGGGGUAUCGUCAGUCAGGGCAUUGGCGUCAUGGGAAACUUCCAGCACACACCACCAAAUGCCGCCGCCCUGACCGCCCUUCAGGAUCUACUGACGUGCCUGGUAGGGAACCACAAACUCACGCCAGACUACAAAUUAUACGGACAUCGAGACGUAGCCCAUACUAAUUGUCCGGGGCAAGAGUUUUAUGAGGUCAUCAAGGCGUGGUCACAUUACGACUCCGGACAUCCUGUUCUGCCGACAAAAACACCAGGUCAUUUGUAAUACAAGAUAAAUAAAUUGAUAAUCAAUGAAAA